CAGUACAGCACGCAAGAACUAAAUACCUCAUGCAGAUGGCUUCAAUGAACAAGAAGCAGUCUGUUCAACGCUACCAGGUCCAUUGCUACUCAGUCAAGUGCGCCGAUGCUGUAGCAGUGAACGCCGAUCGAACAGCCACCUGUCAAUGUCAAACGAAGACACUCAGGGGUCAGCGAUGGAAUCUUCCAACAUCUCUUGAAUCCAUCCAGACAAGACUUCGUGCUUGAUCUUGACUCUCUCCAUGAGAUUGCAGACGCCAAAGAAAGCUUUUCUACCCCGGGCCUCCCCUUUCAGCUCCAUGUCUGGCGACAUCUCGACUGCAGACUGUAGGUCUGCGUCGUCAUCCACCACACCCGGAAAGCCAAAAUGGAUUCUGAUGCAGAGCAACGCGGUCAAGGAAGUGUGGGGUGGGUCGAUGGUCGCUUGCUGGUACUCGAUCUUGGUAUUUGGGGGCGGAGGAACGGGCCGGGUCGUCGGGUCUGGUGUUGGGUGGGGGAAUCCAGCCGAAGACAGCGUGACUUGGUCGCUCUGGGACGGGGGCAUCACAGGUGUUUCUGUACCAGCAAGGUGCGUGAGGAUAUGUGACCGAAGUGCUGCUUUG